ACUACUAUAUAACAAAUAAUUUGAGCUCUACAAUGGAGGUCUACCUACCGAGAUCUGCUCAGCAACCCUAUGUAUUCGGGAGACACGAGACUUCCAGUCAGAGGAUGGACACUGAGGCUCCUAUUACUAUGGUCAUGGCUAUCGGUGAUCGAACUAACAGUCUGAAGAAACAAUGUGCUCGUACGGAGGCAGAACGGUACAGAGAGCGCAUCUCCUCCCUGACCCUGGGCCAGCUCCUUCAAACGGAGGUGGCAGUCCUAGACUUCAUGUCUUUCGUGGAUUACGGGGACGGGUUAUCCCUACCUGCAGAGGUGGGGGUUGCUAGGGGGUGUCUUGAGGAUCUGGAGCUGGAACGGUGCCAGUUUUAUGGUGGAAUUCCUAACAUUCCUUACGGAGCUCAGAGGAAGGGGUUCGCUGCAGAUGCUAAGACAGCAUGUGAAAGGGUGCACGGAAUUGAUCUACAUGAAAACAGGACCAGCAAAAUACAGCUUGAAGUGCUCUGUCAAGAGGUGAAGAGUGAGUUAGAAGGGAGUCCCCUGUUGCUGUGUAGGUCGGAGGAUCUGAACAGAGUGCUAGGUUCUUGGUACUGGCUUCAAGACAAUCCUGCUGGACAAAUCCUCGCUAACAUUGGGGUGUUGAUGGUGGAAGAUUUCCUGGUACACACACUUACCAGACUUCAUCAACUCAGCGGGGUUCUACACGGAGGUGUUCCCACAUUCUCCCAGUUCACUACACUACUCACGCGCUCCGCUAAUGAUCUCAACGCACACUUCAGGUGCGAGUAUCACAACACUGUAGAGAUAGCGUGGGAUAAGACAGGGUGUGCCCGGAAGAAUGCGAUGAAGUACCUGGGUACUGUAUCAGACUGUCUGUCUCCAAGCAUUGCUGACUGUAGAAGCAAAACCCGCACAGUUCCCUCGAUAAUCUCGCCUCUAGGCCCAGUUACGAGUGGUCGUUCAGAGGUUCAAGCGCAGAGCAUACAUUUCUCUAAUCAUUCCGGUCAUCAUUCCGGUCACAUUUCACGACCAAAUUCCAGAGACGGGAGCAUUCUAUCCAGUAGUUCCGGAUCCUCCUCCCACUCUGCUUACAUCCAACUCCCCGGAGAAUCCUCUCAAUCCUCAGCUCGUCCUAAAUCCAGAGGGCGGGGCCGGAGCUCCCCUCCUAGCAGUGUUUCUCAGUCCAGUGCUGGGAGCAGUUCAGGAGCUGCUAGAAGCAGUUCAGGAGCAACUAGGAGCAGUUCAGGAGCAACUAGGAGCAGUUCAGGAGCAACUAGGAGCAGUUCAGGAGCAACUAGGAGCAGUUCAGGAGCAACUAGGAGCAGUUCAGGAGCAACUAGGAGCAGUUCAGGAGCAACUAGGAGCAGUUCAGGAGCAACUAGGAGCAGUUCAGGAGCAACUAGGAGCAGUUCAACAAAGAGCAAAGAUAACCCUCUUGGGUUACUAACACCUGACUUCUUCAAGGUGUCCAAAAACCACUCCAAUACCAGUGAAGACAGUGCAUCUAACCGAUCUUGGUCCCCUCCCUCUGCGAGACUGAGAGUCAGAUCACCACACUCCAUCCCUCCUCCUGUAGAGGAGAUAACAACACCACCUGGUGUACAACAGGACACUUUCAUACCUCCCACUGUUCCAAGACGACCUGGGAGCAGCUUCUCGGCAAGAAAAUCCUGUUUCGAUUCCAAGAAGACGGAACAACCUUUGCGACCUUCUUCAGGAGUCACCAAUUUAGCCUUGGGCUUGCUGCCUGGCCCGGUCACAACCGGGCUUUCUCACCAAAUCAUUGGUUCGACUCCUGAAGAUAGGGAGACUUCCUGUGUCACCACAAGUCGUCCUAGGAAACCAGUUUCCUUCAACAGCAGAGGGAAAGACGCUCAUCUCAAACAAAAUGGAACUUACAACGGAGUUAUCUCUGUUCAACAGACGGAGAGGAAACAGGAAGAGGAUACAGAAAGAUACAAUUCUCAAAGGAAUGCCAGACAUGGCAGCCGCUCAGGUACCAGUACCGUACCAUCAGGUACCAGUACCGUACCAACAGGUACCAGUACCGUACCAUCAGGUACCGUCCUAGUUCCAACCUCUGUUACCUCUAGCUCCAUUACAACAUUACUCUCUAAUUAUGGGAGUUAUGGUAGAGCUCCAACAGUGUCGACUUCAGUUCCAACAGCGCAGACUUCAGUUCCAACAGCGCUGACUUCAGCUCCAACAGCGCCGACUUCAGCUCCAACAGCGCUGACUUCAGCUCCAACAGCGCCGACUUCAGCUCCAACAGCGCCGACUUCAGCUCCAACAGCGCCGACUUCAGCUCCAACAGCGCUGACUUCAGCUCCAACAGCAGCUGUCACUGCUUCAAAUCUAGAUGCUAUAAACGCAGCGUUCUCAUUAGCUUCUGCAGCUCAAUCUGCUACAAACCGCACUCAUAAUGUUUCUGCCGCUGCCGUUCUUGCAGCCCAACCUGCACCCCCUCACCCUGCCUUUCUUCAAGCGUUCUCUGCUGCUGAGCCUACAUCACAGAUAACUCCUCCGCAAGCGUUCUCUGCUGCUGAGCCUACAUCCCAGAUAAAUCCUCCACCUGGAUUUGGUCCUGUGCCAAUGUACCGUACAAUUCCUUCCGGGUUUGAGGUCGCACCCAUCCUCAGCCGAAAUACUCGACUUCGAGCUAAACUGAACGAGAGUGUUUCGUCAGAGGAUGCUGAGAAUUGUUGUGAUCCUGAAAAGAGGGUUAAGCCUGUCAAGAAACGUGGACGUAAUUACCCUAAUUACUAAUUACUAAUUACUAAUUAGUAAACUCAGGACAUAACAGAGACAAAUAGAAACAAGUGUUAUCACAACUAUACUAGUCACGUUUGGGAGUGAAAAAACCUUCGGGAGUAAAAAGCAAUAUAGAGAAGAUGAGUCUCUGCGUGUGAAUCUCCUAAAAAUGUACAUUAAUGUGUCUUGUCAAAGAUUUACCGAUCAAAUAAUGACUCUUAAACAAUUAUUAUUAUCUGUUUGGUGUGAUUAAUGUGAACCGUUAAAACUUGCGAUGAUCUUAUUCAUGACGUAAAGAUACCCUAGUUUAUUAUUUACAGUGAUUAAUUAUGUUAUCUGCAGUACCUCGUGGCUAGAUAAAGUGUGUUGUACAGUGAUGAUUUCAUCGCUCUGGAUGUAACAUAUGUAUAAUUUAAAAACAUUUUUCUGAACAUUAUAAAAACCUUAGCUAGUCGAAUAUUUGAGAAUAGCACAGUACUUCAUGACGUGUUAUAAUGACAGUUUUUACAUGCCCACGUGACA